AUGGUUUUACACCAGUUUGAUUAUAUCUUCGCAAUAGCGAUGAUAUUUGCAUUUUUAGAUGCUUGGAAUAUCGGUGCUAACGAUGUUGCCAACUCUUUCUCCUCAUCGGUAUCAUCAAGGUCAUUGAAAUAUUGGCAAGCCAUGGUACUAGCUGCAAUAAUGGAGUUUUUGGGUGCUGUCUUGGUUGGGUCUCGUGUUUCCGAUACUAUUAGAAGCAAAAUCGUUGAUGUUGAGGUAUUUAAUGCUGAGCCUGCUGUUUUGAUGUUAACUAUGGCAACGGCUUUGAUCGGCUCUUCAACUUGGUUGACUCUUGCUACUUCAGUGGGUAUGCCUGUUUCGACUACACACUCAAUUGUUGGUGCUGUUAUUGGUGCUUCAAUUGCUGCUAAAGGCGCUAGCAAUAUUGUUUGGGGCUGGAGCGGUGUUGCUCAAAUUGUAGCAUCAUGGUUCAUUGCUCCUUGUAUUGCUGGUAUUUUCGCUUCAGUUAUCUUUUUGAUUUCAAAAUUUGCAGUUUUGGAAAUUAAAAAUCCAAGAACUUCUUUGAGAAAUGCCAUGUUAUUAGUUCCAUGUUUAGUGUUUGCAGCAUUUUCAAUCUUGACAAUGUUGGUUGUUUGGAAAGGCUCUCCAAAAUUGAACUUGGAUAAGUUGUCUACUGGUACUACCUUAGGGGCUAUCUUUGGUACCGGUGCUGUUGCUUGUGGUCUUUAUGUUUUAUUCUUGUAUCCAUACUACAGAAGAAAAUUGAUUCAUGAGGAUUGGACUUUAAAAUGGUACCACGUUUUCGUUGGACCAAUCUUCUGGUUUAAAUCAGUUGACAAUAUCCCACCAAUGCCUGAAGGACACCACUUGACUUUGGAUUAUUAUAAAGGCAGAAGGUACGACGAAGGUGGUAACUUGGUUAACGAUCACACGGAUGCUAUUUCUACCAUCAACAAUACUGGUGCUAUUGAUGUUGUUGCUGUUGGAGAAGACUCAAUUGAAAAAAGAUCAGCGGAAUUUGAAGAUGGUAUCAGUCAAAAUGAUCUUGAAAAGACUCAGUCCUUUAUUGCAAAAUCAUUUUCUAAAAUCGAGUCAUACACUGACAAGCAAAAAUAUCCAAACAAAUUCUCUGCUUAUUGGCAAUUGGCAAAAGAAUCACCAAAAAAUUGGCCCCUUGUUGUUGGUUUAGUACUAACCCAUGGUGUUAGACAAGAUAUUAUUUCAAGUCAAGCUUCUUCAAAAGAUAUGUUAGCAGGUGACUUACACAAGAUGCACACAUCUUCGAAAUAUUACGAUAACAAGGUUGAAUACAUGUACUCAUUGUUACAGGCCAUUACUGCUUGUACCAUGUCGUUUGCACAUGGUGCUAACGAUAUCGCUAACGCAACAGGUCCAUUAGCUACAGUUUACUUGGUAUGGACAACGAAUACUACUGCUUUAAAAGCCGACGUUCCCGUUUGGGUUCUUUGUUAUGCUGGUGGUGCAUUGGUUAUUGGUUUAUGGACAUUUGGAUACAGAAUCAUGGCCAAUUUGGGUAAUAAGUUGAUUUUGCAAUCACCAGCAAGAGGAUUCUCAAUAGAAUUGGGAGCCGCUAUCACAACAGUUAUGGCUACACAAUUGGCAAUUCCAGUUUCGACUACUCAAUCAGCUGUGGGUGCCACUGUGUUUGUUGGUUUAUGUAAUAGAGAAUGGAAAUCAGUCAACUGGAGAAUGGUUGCUUGGUGUUAUUUGGGUUGGAUCUUCACAUUACCAUGUGCUGGCUUAAUUGCUGGUAUAAUAAAUGGUAUCAUUUUGUAUGCACCAUCAAAGGGAAUGACCUAUACAAUGGGAUAA